AUGGUAGUGAAUGAAGCUGAAGAGGCGAAGGCAAGUGCGUCGCUGGCCCGAUUGCGGUUGUUCCUAUCAUCACAUGCCCCAAAUGGACCAGGAGAGGAUCUGGACGACGAUGACGAAGAAGAAGAUGCUGGACAGACUACCAUCCCUGCUGCUGGAGCGGUGGCAAGUGUGGCGCCCAUGAGUCAGUCGACAAAGGAGUUUGCGCGCGUCAAGUAUCUACUGCAGUGCUCAUUGCCAGGGUAUCGAGUGCAUGAAGGCGUUGUGAUUUGGGAUAUGCGCAAUCCAUCGCUAGUGGCCCAAUAUGAACAACACACGACGGGUUUGUUGGAGCUCGAAUCUUGGGUCGCAGUAAACGAUCUUGGCGCUGAUAUGGGCGACGUUCACAGCUACGGCUUUACGUCACUUGAUGCGAACCAAACGGGUAUGAAAUUCACGACGGGCAACCUUCAACUUAGUGCACCUCUUGAUCAAUCCGGGGAGGCCAAGAAACCAUCCAGCACACGUCAACUCGUUCUCUGCAAAAUCGCAGUCGGUCGAUCGCUGGUGAUCCGCGACGAGGACGAAGCGAAAGCUCGGCUUCCUCCUGGAUAUCACAGCUACUAUUUGCAUCGUGAACAAGAAGCCGGCGACCAGCAUAGCCUUCAAGCUGCACUGCUAGAUCGAGGUUACUAUCACGAGUAUAUCUUGAACAACACUUUGCAGGUGUUGCCACAGUACCUCGUGCGAUUCACCUUUUCGGCAGCCGAAGUUCACGGACCUGCAGUCGGUUCAUGUGCACUUUGUGAGCAACACCCGGCAGUUGUAGUUUGCCGUAACUGUGAAGCACAGAUCUGUGCUCACUGUGAUCAAGAGAUGCAUUCUGCUAACAAACUGGUGCGUCGACAUAAACGCACACCUUUACGCAGCAAGUCCAAAGCAUUAGCGAGUGAAGCUGCCCGACGUGGUCGACGCCGUAGCUCGACACCUCUAGCUGCUGCUAUAACAGAAAUAGGAGUGGAAAACCAUUUGAAUGCACUCCAGGAGGCAACGGAAGCUCAGAUCAAUGAGGUUGUUGCCAAGCAGAUGGAGGAAACUCUAUCGACGGAUGAUGCACAGACGCCUACGUGUCGAACUCAUCGUGGCAAAAAGGUGGAGUUCUACUGUCCCAUAUGUCAGAUUCCAGUGUGCGUGACGUGCAAAAUGGUCGGAGAUCAUUCCAUUGGAGAGAAAGGGUCUCACAGACUGCUAACGGUUGCGGACGCCUAUGAAAGUUGUCUACGCGAGUCGUUGCGUCCUGACCCACUUAUCACAUCUCGCAAGACGGUGAUCGAAAACAAGCUUCAACUGUUGACUCGAGUUCAACGAAGUGUGCAAGACAACAAGGCACAAGUUGCAUCUGCCAUUAAAGAGCAAUGUGCUCGAGCUUUACGUAGCUUGGACGAUGCAGUCGCGAUAAAGACGCGAGUGUUGUCAGGUGAGGUACUUGAGUUCGAGCGACAACUGCAACAGAUCGAUUGGGUGGAUGAAAGUCUGGAGGACCACCGAAAGUUAAUGCCAGCGGUAGAGUUUCUAGCUGCGUGGAACCAGCACAAGUUGCUUCGAGCAGAGCAACGCGACUUUCCUCCUUUUGCACACGGCUCCAAUAACAGUGCGGAGCAGGUGAAAGCUGAUCUGCAACUUGCAGGCGAGCUUCGUGUCAUGGCGGCAGAUCAAUUGGCAACACCGCAUCAACAACUUGCGUUCACGGCAAACGACAGUGACCCUGCUACCAGUGAAGUAGAAAACGUAAGCGACGGUAACCAAGGCGAUGGCUCACAAACAGAAGUAAAGGCUACUGCGCUACUGGCACAACACCGACGUGCAGGUGACAACGAUAUUCGCAGACGGUUGCUCAACAUAAAAGCCUCGCUAGCGGUAGAACCCAACGGAGCCUUCUUGGCUUCGCGGCGUGCGGUGUCUCCCAAGUGUCAGGAGCUACUGGAUGAGAUCCGCCACGAUAUUCUAGUUCACAACAGCGCCAAGAAGAGUUCAGCAACUGCUGGGUCUCCGCGAAAGACCGAAUCGCCUCGUUCUCACUUUGACAUUCCUUUCGUCGGACUUGCGAGUAGGACGGCCGACUCCACGGCCACAUUACGAGCGUUUUCGGUGCAGCCUAACGCCAAGAAAAUCCCAGACGAGGAACUGCGUUCGCCACGCCAACGCCGCGGCACCAGCGCGUGGUCAACUCUUCUUCGCGACGAAAUGGGGCUUGCUGAUAACUGA